AUGUCACUGCAUAACAAGCUCUGCAUGAGGCAGCAGCUUUGUGACACAGUGAUCAGAGUGGAUGGCGGUGAAUUCUAUGUACACAAGGUCGUCUUGUGCAAAUGUAGCCCAUAUUUCAGAGCUCUGUUUAGCCACUGGUCAACACCAGACUGUGUGACCUUUGACAUCCCUGGAAUGUCAACCAGCUUAAUGUGUCUUAUUAUCGAGUUUGCCUACACAGGCAAUGUUCUUCUGACAGGACAAAAUGCACUGGACCUCUUCGUAGUAGCAGACCGUUACAAUAUGACUGGCCUUUUACAAGCCUGUAGUGAUUAUUUAGAAAAGCAGCUGAACCCACAGAACUGUCUCAGCAUCUGGUUGCUAACAGAUACGUUCUACCACCCAGAACUGAGAGAGAAGUCCGAACUAUACACUCUGAGUCAUUUCAAAGAAGUUGUUGACACCUGCGCAGAUUUCCUUCAGCUCUCUGCACAACAGCUAGUUCAAAUCAUUGAAAGUGACUUGCUCAUUGUAAAGCAGGAGAAGACGGUAUACAAAGCCAUCCUCAAAUGGCUCGCCCAUGCGCCCAAGGAACGGAAAACUUACAGCUCAUUACUUUUUUCUAAGAUCAGACUGGCUUGGAUGUCUCCAAAGUACCUCAUAGAACAUGUGAAUGAAAGUGAAUUGGUGAAAACAAAUCCAGAAUGUCGAGCUAUGCUCUUCCAGACAUUGAACCCCAUCCUGGACCACAUGUCAAGGACCAGCCACAGGUCUUUUGCCUACCCAUCUUUAGCAAUCCCACGGGUGCCGCCCGCUCUCCUGUUGGCCAUAGGAGGCUGGACUGAUGGCAGCCCUACCAGUUUAAUUGAAGCCUACGAUGCUCGCAGUGAUCGCUGGAUAGAUGUGGCCUAUACCACAGAAACCAUCCGGGCUUAUCAUGGCGCUGUCUUCUACAAUGGAUCAAUUUACUGUGUUGGUGGUUUUGACAGUAUUGAGCAGUUCAGCGCUGUGCAUAGACUUGACCUGACCUCGCACAACUGGGAAGAAGUGUCACCGAUGCAUGUCAGUCGGUGCUUUGUCAGUGUGACAGUGAUGAAUGACUACAUAUAUGCUUUAGGAGGUUACAAUGGACAGGAACGGCUAAACACUGCUGAACGCUAUGACCCAAAAUGCAACCAGUGGACUAUUAUUUCUUCCAUGCAUGAGCAGAGGAGUGAUGCCAGUUGUGCAACCCUUUAUAGUAGAGUGUACAUUUGUGGCGGCUUCAACGGGAUACAGUGUCUAUCCACAGCCGAAUGUUACAACCCAGACGAAGACCAGUGGACCCUGAUUCCCAACAUGAGCAGCAGGCGUAGUGGGGUCGGCGUUGCUGCCUAUGCUAACUACAUCUUUGCAGUUGGGGGCUUUGAUGGCGUGUCACGUUUGAACACUACAGAGGCCUACAAUCCCUCCACCAACGCCUGGUGCAGUGUGCCCAGCAUGCCAAACGCCCGCAGUAAUUUUGGCAUUCUCCGUGAUACUGACAACCUGUUUGUCGCGGGAGGCUUCGGUGGCAUCACCACCAUCCCUAAUGUCGAGUUUUAUGACAUCAAGACCAACAUAUGGCUAAGUGCCAACGACAUGAAGACGUCCCGCAGUGCACUGAGCUGCUGUGUGGUUAACGGGCUCAGCAACAUGGCUAAAUAUGCUGCCGCUCUUAACUCUAUGCAGCGCCAACAUUUACCUACCGAAGAGGAAGAUGAGAUGGAGCAAUAA